AUGGCCUACACAAGUAUCUCAACCAGCAAUGGCAAACAGAUCAAAGUCCCUACGGGUCUUUUAAUCAACAACGAAUUUAUCCCCAGCAGCACCGGGGCAACGAUUGAAAUCUUCAGCCCAGUUAAUGAACGGCAAAUCGCAAGAGUCGCCUCCGCGACCGCAGCAGAUGUCGACCUGGCAGUGCAAAGUGGUCUAAAGGCUCUUCCCGCGUGGCGGUCAACACCUCCAUCGUCCAGAAGCAAAUUCCUGUCCAAGCUGGCCGACCUGAUCGAGCGAGAUGCCGACGACUUGGCCACCAUCGAAGCCGUGGACGCAGGUAUCCUGUUCGGCGAAUCCAAGGCGCUUCACAUCACGCAAGCAAGCGACACGUUGCGCUAUUUUGCGACGCUUACAGAUCGUCCGGGGGAGAGCCUCGAGAUCCCGAAUGGCUUUGCCUAUACACGACGAGAGCCUUACGGUGUUUGCGCCGCAAUUGUCCCCUGGAACGCGCCGUUAAUGAUCACGAUAUGGAAGCUAGCUCCCGCAAUAGCCGCCGGAAACGUCCUCAUCAUCAAAACGCCCGAAUUGGCUCCUCUUUACGCUCAAAAACUAGGCCAGCUGAUCGUGGAAGCGGGAUUUCCUGCCGGGGUCAUCAACAUCCUCUGCGGCUUGGGCCAAGAUGCCGGCAAAGCCAUUGCCGAACACAUGCUCAUCAGGAAGCUCUCCUUUACCGGGAGCGGCCCGACGGGUCGCAGCAUCCUCAACGCCGCAGCGGCUUCGAAUUUGAAGAAGGUGACUCUGGAACUCGGCGGCAAGAGUCCCUCCAUUGUCUUUGACGAUGCGGACCUGGACAACGCGCUUUUCUGGACCGCGCUCGGCUCAUCGGCCAACAAUGGCCAAGUCUGCGCUCUGGGCUCGAGAAUUUACGUCCAAGACACCAUUUACGACCAAUUUGUGAGCUCGUUCAAGGCUCGCGCUUCCGCCGGUCCCACCGCGCACGGGGAUCCCUUGAGCGAGAAAACCACCAAAGGCCCGGUCAUUUCCAGGCCACAACAUGAAAAGAUCAUGCGAUAUAUCCAAAAGGGCAAAGAGGAGGGCGCCAACGUUCUGUUCGGCGGCGAUGCCCUUGGAGAUGGGAUAUUUGUCCAGAAUACGGUCUUCACCGAGGUGCGGGAAGACAUGACCAUCGUCAAGGAAGAAAUCUUUGGGCCCGUUGCGACGAUUGCGCGAUUUUCUGCCGAAACCGAGGUCAUUGCCAAAGCGAACGACUCGGAAUAUGGACUCAACGCGGCCAUUUUCACCAAGGACAUCGCGCGCGCACGUCGUGUUUCAGAUGCCUUGGAAGUAGGGACGGUGACGGUGAAUUCUUGGGGCUUGAUCAAUGCAAACACCCCCUUUGGAGGCGUCAAACAGAGUGGCUUCGGCCGUGAUCUUGGACGAGAGGCUUUAGACGAGUGGACCACGGUCAAGACCGUGAAACAUGUGCUGUUGCCGCCUGCGAAGCUGUGA